UGAGGAUUGUUUCAGCUUUUAUACUUUUGUGAUGUUUUUACAGUUAGAGAAUCUUGCAAAACAGUGGAUAUCGAUGCCACAUUACAUUUUUAAAUUUAGAAUUUCAUGGGGUGAUGGCUUACAGAUGUGAUAUUGAUGUAUGGUGGGAUUGUUGUUGAAUGUAAUAGUGUGGAAGUGUGGUGCUAAAAAUCAUGAAGGAUCGAGUAAAAAAACGUGGGAAUCAUUGACUGGUCUUGGGUGUGUGGUUGUGGUGGACAGGGAAGAGGCAGCAGCUGGUGGUGUUGGUGAUAUUUUGCGUGUGAGGUGUUGUUUGUUGAUUGGAUAGUUUUUGAGAAUGAGCUUAGACAACCGGAGCAGGAGCCGAAGCAGGAGCAGAAGCCGAAGCAGGAGCAGGAGCCCAAUGGACCGUAAGAUCCGUACUCAGCGCAGUUCAUAUCGCGAUGCACCAUAUAGGCGGGAUGCAAGACAGAGCAGCAGCCACAACAGUUUAUGCAAAAACUGCAAAAGGCCUGGCCAUUAUGCUAGAGAGUGUUCGAACGUGGCUAUCUGUCACAAUUGCGGCCUUCCUGGGCAUAUUGCAUCAGAAUGCACGACAAAAUCUCUCUGUUGGAACUGCCGCGAGCCUGGGCACAUGGCUGGAAAUUGUCCAAACGAGGGCAUCUGCCACACAUGCGGAAAGGCAGGUCACCGCGCAAGGGACUGCUCAGCUCCUCAACUGCCGCCCGGUGAUCUAAGGCUAUGCAACAACUGCUUUAAGCAAGGCCACAUGGCGGUCGACUGUACCAAUGACAAGGCCUGCAAGAACUGUAGGAAGACAGGCCACCUCGCACGUGAUUGUCCAAACGACCCUGUCUGCAACAUGUGCAAUGUAUCGGGCCACGUGGCUCGUGGCUGUCCAAAGGCUAAUAUGCUCGAAGAGAGGGGUGGUGGUGGUCACGAGAGGGGUGGUGGUUUUGAGAGGGGCGGUGGUGGUUUUGAGAGGGGUAAUGGUGGUUUUGAGAGAGGUGGUGGAGUUCGUGGAGGUGGAUUAAGGGAUAUUGUUUGUAGGAACUGCCAGCAUGUGGGGCAUAUGAGUAGGGAUUGUAUGUCGAUGACUAUAUGCCACAACUGUGGGGGGAGAGGGCAUCUUGCGUUUGAGUGUCCGUCUGGGAGGAAACUGCGACCCCUUUUCCAAGAAGGGACCUGGGUUAUGAUUUUUUCUAUGUUUUUUUGUUUCCCCGAAAAACUGUGAUUUCCUUUUUCAUGUUUCGAUUUUGAAGUGAGGUUGAUGUUGCACUUGCUGAUCUUUGUUGUUUUUAUCUUAUUAAUCUUGACCUUCUUUCUCUACUUGUGAUGGACCUGGUUUUUAAUGUAGUGCUUUCUUUACAAUUUGAA